AUGUGGGUGGAUGUGCUAAUGCUGAAAAGGGAGAUGAAGCCAGAAAAUGACAGGCCACGCAAAGUCCGGUUUCGGAUAGCAUCAUCUCACAGUGGGCGAGUUCUGAAGGAGGUGUAUGAAGAUGGGCAACAGUCAGGCUCUCUGGAUUCUGAAUGUGCCAGUGUCUGUGGCAUAGAUGGACUAAGCGAGGCUGAUGGACAGCAAAAUGGUCACAUAGGAUCAGAAGGUGAUGAGGAUGAUAACAACCAGGAUAACUUGCUGGUGUUAGCAAGGGCUGCCAGUGAGAAGGGUUUUGGUACAAGAAGAGUCAAUAUUGUAAGCAAAAAUGGCACAGUCAGAGGUGUGAAAUACAAAGUGAGUGCUGGCCAAGCUCUAUUUAACAAUUUGACCAAAGUGUUACAGCAACCAUCUACUGAACUAGAAUUUGACCGAGUAGUGAUUUAUACCACUUGCCUUCGUGUGGUUCGGACAACGUUUGAAAGAUGUGAACUGGUUAGAAAGAUCUUCCAAAACCAUCGAGUAAAAUUUGAAGAGAAAAACAUAGCUCUGAAUGGUGAUUAUGGAAAAGAAUUAGAUGAACGAUGCCGACGAGUUUCUGAAACUCCUUCUCUCCCUGUGGUGUUCAUUGACGGCCAUUAUCUUGGGGGUGCUGAGAAAAUUUUGUCAAUGAAUGAAUCAGGAGAACUGCAAGACCUUUUAACCAAAAUUGAGAGAGUGCAGCAUCCGCACGAGUGCCCCUCCUGUGGAGGUUUUGGCUUUCUUCCAUGCUCUGUGUGCCAUGGGAGCAAGAUGUCAGUGUUUCGAAACUGCUUUACAGACUCUUUCAAAGCCCUGAAGUGUACAGCUUGCAAUGAGAAUGGUCUUCAACGCUGCAAAAGCUGUACUGGUUAG